UCUAUAUAGUCUCCCCACCUCACAUUAACACCCAACUCAUCCAAGACUAUCUAUCCAUCACAAAACAACACAAACUCAAGAACAACAUCUUCAUCACUUGAUCAUUACCACAUUUCCCAGUCAAUUUACACAGCAACAUUACGUACCAUGGUGAAACAAGAACCCAAGACUCAAACCAGUAGCAAGAAAGAAAAUUCUCUGUCUUCACCAUCUCAUUCUUCUUCAUCAUCUUCAACUUCCCUUAAGAUCAAGAACAAGAAGAACAAGAUUAAAAAGUACAAAGGAGUGAGGAUGAGAACUUGGGGAUCAUGGGUUUCUGAGAUCAGGGCACCAAAUCAAAAGACAAGGAUUUGGUUAGGCUCUUACUCAACAGCUGAGGCAGCAGCUAGGGCUUACGAUGUUGCACUAUUGUGUCUUAAAGGCCCUAGAGCCAAUCUCAACUUCCCUGCAUCUUCUUAUUCUCUUUCUCAGCAUCUUCUUGAUGAAAAGACCCUUUUGUCCCCUAAAUCCAUCCAAAGAGUCGCCGCUCAAGCUGCUAACAGCUCAUUUGACCUUUUAUCCCCUUCUUCCUCAACUUCUUCUUCACCGUCGGAUCAAGAACAGCAUCACGAUGAUAAUGAUGAUGAUGGGAUGCAAUCUUUGAUAGGGUCUUUCAUGGAUAACCAUGUGUCUUUGAUGGAUCCAUCAUCGUCAUGGUAUGGUGAUGAACAUAAUGGGAUAUUCUCCUUCGAUGAUGUAGCUCCGUUCAAUUACUCUCCUCAGUUGAACUCGAUGAUGGUCGAGGAGUACUAUUACGAAGAUGCUUAUAUUCCUCUUUGGAAUUUCAGUUAAUCCGACGGUCUAGAAUACAUACUUUAUAUAUUUGUAUCAUUUUAAAAAUUCUUUUAAUAUGUUUAUUAAUUUACCUUGUCGUAGUAUUUUUUUCCAAGUUUUUUGUUGCUUGGAGAGAAUUAGCGACGGGUAUAACUGACUGUAAUAUUAUUCAAGGUUUUAUAUAAUGUAUUGGGACC